AAAAUUGAGCUUGCCAUCAUUCGAACACCACUUGACCUGGAUUUCCUGGAGUUUGUAUGUCGCCAAGAACUAUUCCUCCUGCAAGCCCUUUCAAGACAUGUUGAUAUACCACAAGAAAUAAUCCAAGCUCUUCAGGAGUUUUUCGGGCUUAUCAGGCAACAUUUAGAUUCAUCAGGUCUAGAUACAGCAGUUGGAUCAAUAGCUGGUCAGCGAGGACGUCCUAGGUUGGACAUUGAACGAGAGCAAUUGGCCGAAAUGUUGCAGAUAAACCUCUCAGUGCCCUGCAUAGCAAAACUGCUUGGUGUUUCAGUCCGCACAGUCUUUAGGAGAAUGAGGGACUUUGGUUUAUCUGUUUCAGAGCUCUACAGUUCAAUCAGUGAUGAGGAGUUAGAUAAUGUGGUGACAGCUAUUAAACAUGACAUGCCCGCUGCUGGAUACCGGAUGGUGAGAGGACGGUUAAGAUCUAUGGGUAUUCAUGUGCAAUGGGCAAGGAUGGCUGCCUCAAUGCACAGAGUGGAUUCAGUUGGCAUCCUCUCCAGACUGGCUAGGCUGGGCUGUGUUGUGAGAAGAACCUACUCUGUUCGAGGGCCACUCUCGCUUGUGCAUGUGGAUACGAAUCAUAAACUAAUAAGAUACAACAUUGUAAUCUUUGGUGGAGUGGAUGGUUAUUCCAGAAAGAUAAUGUACUUGAAUGCAUCAACCAACAACCGUGCAUCAACUGCCUAUGGCUUCUUUCUAGAGGCAACUAGAAGACAUGGAGUGCCUUCAAGAGUCAGAGGUGAUCAUGGAGUCGAAAAUGUAGAGAUUGCAAGAUUCAUGUUUUCUGUUCGUGGCACCGACCGGGGAAGCUUCAUCUCUGGGAAAAGCGUCCAUAACCAGAGGAUUGAGCGGCUGUGGCGAGAUGUCAGAGUCAUAUGCACAAACAAGUACUAUGAGUUGCUGCACACCCUGGAGACAGAUGGUCUACUGGACAUCUCAUCAACCGAGGACCUGUUCUGUGUUCACUACACUGUUCUUCCCGGACUUCAGACAGACUUGGGGAUCUUUACACAAGGCUGGAACCAUCAUCCACUCCGCACAGAAGGAAACCGGAGUCCAGAGCAGAUGUGGCAGAUUGGACUGAUGAACACAAAUGUUGUUCAGCCGGACAUACCAGAGGUAUUGCUUAAACCUUUCACUACAUGA